AUGGACCCUAUGAUCUAUGUGUGCCCGAGCGCAUACCUGUCAUCACAAAAUACCGACAGGUGGCACAGCGAGACAUUCAAGCCCGGGUUCGUACCGAUACUGCGAUCAGACUUACUACGGUUCAGAGAUGUACUGGACCAAGUAGUAUCCCGCGUGAACCAGCAGAAAGCGUCGAACGUGUACCAGACUUCGGACGAAAAAGAAGCGGAGGACCCUGCCAGCGAGGGCAAGGGCCCCGCCGGGGAAGUUUUACAAGACAAGACCUCACAGGGAAAGUAUCAAGAGCUCAAACAGUUCCUGCCGAUUUCCAUUACACAACAACUGUGCACCGUGUCAAUAGGCGAGUUGCAAGGCGAGGUCUCAGUGAGCGAACUUGAGCUGUUUGUUCGUCGACUGGAAGAACUGACAGAGAAAAGAGCCGGAGUGCGCGACUCAGUGGAGUGCUGGAGCUUUAUCAAGGGUCUAAACACUUUCAGUCUUUUCCUCAGGAGCAGCGGUUUAGAACAUCUGAAGACAGUUACACAUUAUUGGACGGAACUCUUAGCACGAUGGCCAAAGGAGGAGAACAACGCUGUCACGCAGCUACACAUUGAGGAGAACACAGCUCGAUUCGUUGGAGACCAGAAAUCGGACCCACCUUCCCUGCGCACUGAAGACCUCGAUGAAGAUUCUGAGCAACUAUCAGGUUACUUCAAAGAGUUAAAAGACAGAAGUUCCGUACCCAAAGAGGACGCUACUUCCACUGACUAUAAUGUGGACGUUUCCACCUUGAGCGACUUGCCUCGCAGCUCACUAGACCAGCUGUGCAAGGACAUCGUGCACUUCCGCACACGGGUGUUGACCAUUGAGAAAGAGAAGCGGGCAAAAGAGCAGUACGAGGAAAACAGGCGCAUGGGCCAGCACAUGAUGAGAAUGUUUGACCAAAUACGGAGGAGCAAGGGAUCCGCUAAGCCCGCAGGCGAGGAAGAUGACAACGAGGGGGAAGCACAAGGGCAGAACUUCGGGGACGCGGAAGAUGACGGCGAAGAUGACUGGAGCGUGGAAAAGCGCAAUAGAGAGAAGGCCGAGAAAGACGCUGACAAGAAGUACGCUGAGUUACUUGAACAUUACACAUCCCGGGUGGAGCCGCGCCUGAAGUCUCUGGAACAGCAGGUCGACCGCGAGGCCGCAUAUGAGCGCUCCAUUGAGCAGGAGCGGGCCCUUUACUUGAAGGAACUGCUCCAUCAUGCCUACAGCCCAUACUACGACCACCACCGCUCCUUCAAGGAGGCGGAGCAGCAUCAAGACGACGAGGAUCGCAGGCUAACAGCCCAGCUAAUUCCUCGCGCCGCGGAACUGGGGGCAGAAGAGGAGCACCCUGCGGCAGAAGCAGAAACCGGCAAAUUCAAACUGGAAAUCCGGAAAACCCAGGCCGGUCCCGAAAAAGACGUGCUGCCGCAAGAAGACGCUGCACUUUCGGAGCUCCUUGCAAGGCUACGUAAAUCAAGCGUGAUCCAAGACUCGGUUGUGGAGUUUUUGGGCGAGUUGGACGACGACUUAGUCGACUACGUUAUAGAGCACAUCCGUGAACACCGCAGCAAGUCCGCUCUACUCCAGGAAUUGAAGGAAACUUUCGACGAAGACGCGCAAACUAUCGUAGACCGUGUCUGGCAGAUGUUCGAAGACAACGCGCCCGCCGCCUAG